GAAACGUCCGAGAACUAUGAUAAUCGGAUAUCUUCCACCGACAUCUCGUCGUCCUCGAUGCACCCAUUCAAAUUUCACCUUCGUACUUUCGGAUGUCAAAUGAACGUCAACGACUCCGACAUUGUCCGCGCGCUUCUACUGGAACGAGGCUUUACGGAAACCUUGGACGAAACCGACGCGGACGUCUUGUUGACCAACACGUGCGCCAUACGGGAAGGUGCCGAGCAAAAAGUGUGGCACCGCCUGCGGGAACUCCGCGGCAAGUUCAAAUCCCGCAAAGUUGUGGGCGUCCUGGGCUGUAUGGCGGAACGGCUGCAAACCGACUUGUUCCGGGACGGAUUGGCCGAUUUGGUCGUUGGUCCGGACGCCUACCGGGAUUUGCCGCGGCUCAUGCGAGACUUGCUGCGCGAGCCGGACGACGACGACGCGGAAUUGGGACGGGUCAAUCAAGCCUUUAAUGUACAGUUGAGCUUGGACGAAACGUACGCGGAUGUCACCCCGGUGCGGCGACACGGCAAUAGCGUCUCGGCAUUCGUCUCGAUACAACGAGGAUGCGCGAACCGCUGUAGUUUCUGUAUCGUCCCGUUCACGCGGGGGCAAGAACGCUCCCGCCCCUUUGCGAGUGUCGUCGGGGAGAUACAACAACUCUACGAACAAGGCGUCAAGGAAGUCACGUUGCUCGGUCAGAACGUAAAUUCCUACCAUGAUACCAGUGAAACCGCACUGUCCGUUCGUCCUGAUUCGGGCUACCGAAUGUCCAACGACGGGUUUAGGAGUCGAAUUCGUCGACACGACGGUGGGUACUAUUUUGCCGACUUGGUGGCCGCCGUGAGUGAUAUUUCGUCCGAGCUCCGCGUACGUUUUACCUCCCCACACCCGAAAGACUACCCCCCGCCACUACUCACGCUCAUGGCCGAACGACCCAACGUCUGCAACCACCUGCACAUGCCGGCUCAGUCCGGUUCAACCUCCAUGUUGCAACGCAUGAAACGUGGAUACUCUCGAGAAGCAUACCUGGAACUAAUGGAUACCGUGCACGAAAUCAUUCCCGACGUUGCCAUUUCGUCCGAUUUUAUCGCCGGAUUUUGCGACGAAUCGGAAGAGGAGCACCUCGAUACCCUUUCGCUGAUGGAACGCGUGCGAUACGAUCAAGCCUUUAUGUUUGCCUAUAGCAUGCGCGGGAAAACUCACGCCCACCGCACGAUGCAAGAUAAUGUCCCGGAAGACGUCAAGAAACGGCGACUAAUUGAAAUUAUCGACACGUUUCAGCGACACGUACAGGAAAAGAACGAGAGCCUCGAAGUCGGGCGGUUACGCCUCGUCCUGGUCGAAGGGGAAUCUAAACGCUCCCAUCCUGGUGCCCGAGCUUGGCAAGGUCGCACGGAUCAGAACAAACGCAUCAUCUUCCCCGUGGACGAGACUGUGACGGUACACGACCACGCUGCGCUUGCACCGGUAUGGACAACGCUACUACGGCCACACGCAAAAAGCGAGCGAGGCUUUGAUCCGAAAGUCCAACUCGCUGAACUACCACGAGUUUCUUUAUCGGUCGGCGACUAUGUAGUUGUGCAGGUGACCGAGGCCAAGGGUCACACGCUGCGGGGG